AUGAUGUCAUUUAGCUCCGUCUCUCUGGCGGCGCUCCUGUUCGCCUGCGGACUGGGACCCGUGGAAGUGUCUGGCGCAAGCCUCCGCGCGCGAGAUGCGGUCCCUGCAGGCUUCGUUGCUGCUCCCUACUACCCUACUCCGCACGGAGGGUGGGAUGCCAGCUGGGCGGCUAGCUACCAGAAGGCGAAGAAGCUGGUCGAGCAGAUGACUCUGGCCGAGAAGGUCAACAUCACGUCUGGAACUGGCCUAUGGAUGGGAAACACGGGCAGCGCGCCGCGCCUGGGCUUCCCACAGCUGUGUCUCCAGGACUCGGCGCUCGGCGUCCGGUCCACGGACCAUGUCACCGCCUUCCCGGCCGGCAUCACCACCGGUGCCACGUGGGACAAGGACCUCAUGUACGCCAGGGCUGUCGCGAUCGGCCAGGAGUUCAGGGGCAAGGGCGCCAACAUCUACCUGGGCCCGACCGUCGGGCCCCUGGGGCGCAAGCCGCGCGGCGGCCGCAACUGGGAGGGCUUCGGCGCGGACCCCGUCCUCCAGGCCGUGGGGGGCGCGCUGACCAUCAAGGGCGUCCAGGAGCAGGGCGUCAUCGCCACGCUGAAGCACCUCGUCGGCAACGAGCAGGAGAUGUUCCGCAUGUACAACGUCAUCCAGCCCGGGACCAGCGCAAAUAUCGAUGAUCGGACAUUGCAUGAACUCUAUCUCUGGCCCUUCGCUGAAGGUGUCCGCGCCGGUGUCGGUUCGAUUAUGUGUUCCUACAACGCUGUCAACGGGUCAGCAGCAUGCCAGAACAGCUACCUCCAGAAUGGCGUCCUGAAGGACGAGCUCGGCUUCCAGGGCUUCGUUAUGAGUGAUUGGCUGGCUCAGAUUUCAGGUGUCCCUGCCGCCCUGGCCGGCCUUGACAUGAGCAUGCCCGGAGACACCAUGAUCCCCCUUUUCGGGACCAGCUACUGGAUGUACGAGCUCACUCGGUCGGUGCUCAACGGGUCCGUGCCGGUAGACCGCCUCGACGACAUGACCACCCGCAUCGUGGCCGCCUGGUAUCAGCUGGGCCAGGACAAGGACUUUGGCCCGCCCAACUUCUCGGCCAACACCGACAAGGAGUCUGGGCCUCUGUACCCCGCCGCGCUCUUCUCUCCGUCCGGCGUGGUGAACCACUUCGUCGACGUCCGCGGCAACCACGCCGAGGUCGCACGGCAGGUCGCCCAGGACGCCAUCACCCUCCUCAAGAACGACGGCGACAUCCUGCCCUUCUCAAAGUCGCAGACGCUCAGCGUCUUUGGGACCGACGCCGCCGUCAACCCGGACGGGCCCAACGCCUGCGGCGACCGGGCGUGCAACAAGGGAACCCUGGGCAUGGGCUGGGGCUCGGGGACGGCCAACUACGCCACCUUUGACGACCCCAUCGGCGCCCUCCGCAGGCGCACCAACGUGACCUUCUACAACACCGACUCCUUCCCCAACGUCCCCGAGCCCGGCGCGGACGACGUGGCCGUGGUCUUCCUCUCGUCCGACUCGGGCGAGAACCAGUACACGGUCGAGGGCAACAACGGCGACAGGAACUCGGCCGGCCUCAAGGCGUGGCACAACGGCGACGAGCUCGUCAAGCGGGCGGCGGCGAGGUACAAGAACGUCGUCGUCGUCGUGCACACCGUCGGGCCCCUCGUGCUGGAGCCGUGGGUCGGCCUCCCUUCCGUCAAGGCCGUGCUGUUCGCGCACCUGCCCGGCCAGGAGGCCGGCGAGUCCCUGGCCAGCGUGCUGUUCGGCGACGUCUCGCCCAGCGGCCACCUGCCCUACAGCAUCCCCGUCAAGGAGGAUGACUACCCGGACAGCCUCGGCAUCCGGGGCUUCGCCUUCGGCCAGCCGCAGGACACCUUCUCCGAGGGCCUGUACAUCGACUACCGCUGGCUCAACAGGCAGGGCACCAAGCCGCGCUACGCCUUCGGCCACGGCCUGAGCUACACGGCCUUCAACCUGUCCCGCCCCGCCAUCAGGCAGGUCAGCAAGCUCGCCGGCGCCGCGCCCCCGCCCGCCUCGGGCGCAGACAAGUCCACGGCGCCGGUCUACGACGCGGCCAUCCCGCCCGCCGCCGAGGCCUACGAGCCCGGCGCCCCCUUCGACAAGAUCUGGCGGUACCUGUACUCGUGGCUGCCCAAGAACCAGGCCGACGACGCCGCCCGCGACGCCGCCAGCGGCAAGAAGUACCCCUACCCGGCCGGCUACAGCGGCGCGCAGCGGACCGAGGUCCCCGCCGCCGGCGGCGCCCAGGGCGGCAACCCCGCCCUGUGGGACGUGGCGUACGAGGUCACGGCGACGGUGACCAACGCCGGGGACAAGCACGCCGGGAAGGCGGUGGUCCAGGCGUACGUGCAGUUCCCCGAGGGGACGGGGUACGACACGCCCGUCGUGCAGCUGCGCGACUUUGCCAAGACGGCGGCGCUCAAGGCCGGAGGGGGCAGUGCGGAGGUCAAGCUGCAGCUGACGAGGAAGGAUCUCAGCGUGUGGGACGUCGUGUCGCAGAACUGGGUCGUGCCUGAUUUGCAGGGGAGGUACAAGAUCUGGAUCGGCGAGAGCAGCGAUGCCUUGUUCACGGCUUGCUAUACCGACACGCUGAAGUGUGAGAGUGGGCUGGCGAGUCCCGUCUAG